CCUCCGUAGAUCAAAGCUGCCUUCUGUUUUGAGAAAAUUCUAAAGCUGUUUGGUUUUGUCGCAGUUGCAGCGCAGUCGCUCUGAGGAGCGGCUAGCUUUGUGGCGUUGAAGAGUUCAGAUAGUUAAGCAGACACACAGUCAGUCGGUGGCCAUGUUUCAAAGGGGAAUGUAGCUGUAUUUUGGAGACUUAGCCCCGGGUAGCUAGUUUUCUCCUGCUAGCAAAGCUAACAAGGUAACCUGUCAGUUUUAUCCAACGCGGUUUUCAAUAAACACCGCCGUGGCGUCCUCUCGCCUUCGGUUUUGCUGUUGUAAAUGUAAAAACUUUGAGUGUAUGAAGCUGUUUGUUGUCGCUGGUCGUGGGAUGAGUUUGACUCAGAGAUGACCUACAGCUGCUGACCCACAGGAAGUCUCACCCUUUUACGCUGAGAGCUUCACACAGACUGACUCAUGCUUUCUGAUGAGCUGGACUCUAAACCAGAGCUGCUGGUGCAGUUUGUCCAGAAUGCCUCCAUCCCAUUGGUGCAGAGCCUGGAGGACUCGGAGUCCAAACACUCCUGCCUGCCUCUGCUGGCCCCAGCUGAGAGCUCCUUGUGCUCUCCUCUGGAGCUCACAGGAGGAGGUCUGAGCCACGAGCCGGACAGUUCUUCCUCGCUGCCGGAGUUCGGCGCCGUGCCGCAGCAAAGCCCGCUGGUGGUCCAAUCCCACGCUCAGCCUCCGGCGCCGCAGAGCCCCCCGGCUAUGCUGCACGACCUGCAGCAGCCCGACAGCACCUCCUACGUCCUGCUGAACCUCGCCAAAGGCAUCACGGCCUCCUCCGAGUCGCUGAUCUUUGCCGCCGACGGCGCCGUGGACGACGAAGACGACGGCGUGCCGUCAGACUACGGGAUGGACGGCAGCGCCCCGUGGUACCUGCGGGUUCAGGAGCUGGCGCACGACAGCCUGAUUGCGGCGACGCGGGCGCAGCUCGCGCGAGACGCCAAGGCCAGCCAGGACGCCAGAGCGGCGAGCGUCAGCAACGGUGACCACCACACGCACGGCCCGGUCGAAGACGGUGGAGACAAGCGGGAGCUGCCGCCUCGGCCCGGCCGGCCCCUCUCCAAGCAGGUCCUGCGCUGCUCCUUCGAGGGCUGCGGCAGGACGUUCACCUGGCCGGCUCACCUCAAGUAUCACCUCAAAACGCACAGGAACGACCGGAUGUUCCAGUGCAGCGCCGAAGGCUGCGGGAAGAGUUUCUACGUGCUGCAGAGGCUGCAGGUUCACAUGAGGACUCACAAUGGCGAGAAGCCCUUCAUCUGCAAGGAGAAGAACUGUGGCAAGAAGUUCACCACUGCUGGAAACUUAAAGAACCACAGGCGCAUACACACAGGUGAGAAGCCUUUUCUGUGCGAGGCAGAUGGCUGCGGGCGGUCCUUCGCCGAGUACUCCAGUCUGCGGAAACACAUGCUCGUACACUCGGGUGAGAAGCCUCACGUGUGCGGGAUCUGUGGGAAGACUUUCUCUCAGUCCGGCAGCAGAAACGUUCACAUGAGGAAGAGGCACGGGGAAGAGGCGCUGGCUGCUGACGGCAGAGAAACAGGAGAGGCUCUAACACAAAGCAGCCUGCUGGAGGCAGAUGGUGAGAAUGGAGGUGGCUUGGUCACCAUGACAACAGCUGUGGAGCCCAUGAAUCUUCAUCAUGCGAUGCUGAGAUCACCAGGAUCUGCAGACUCGGUGGUCGUCCUUGCUCAGCCGCAUGAGCUGGUGACCAUGACAACGGAGGGCCAUGCUUACGGGGACGACGUGGUUGCUCUGCUUUAGUCUAUUUCAGCAGCAUUGGACUGACAGGCUCAGUGGGAUAAACAUAGACAUGGUUAUUUGUAAAAAAAAAAACAUGAAUCAGUCUUUAACACUUGUAGAUAUUUGUAAUUAGCAAACAGUUUUAUUUUGACACGUGUGAAACGGUGGUGUUUGUAUGAGCCACGUUCUGUUUUUCUUUCCUCUCAUGACUUCUAAAAGCAAACGCUCCCAAAGAAACGCAGAAACGGGUUGGAGACGAUCGCACAGCGGAGGAAACGCAGCGACGCUUGCAGAUGUGAAACUGCAAACUUGCAUUGUAACACGUGUACCAUUUUUAUGGAACAAAAGAAAAAUUAACUUUUAAUAAAAACAAUCAUGUUUUGCACAAACA